UACACCCGAGUCUCCAACAACAACAACAACAACAACAACAACUGAAGCAAAGCAACCGUAAGACAAAAGACUCUAUCCAUUGGUUCCAGCUCCCCAACUCGAUGUCCCGACGAGACGGUCGCGAUUCUGAUUCCAGACGACACCGUUCCAGGUUCGACAGGGAACCCAGUCCCAAGAGGUAUAGGAGGGAUGAGCAAGACAACAAAGAUAGAGUCUUCGAGAAGAGUAAUUUGGAGGGUGCAAAGAAGACUGACCAGGAGGUCCAGGAUCAAAAGCAGCGCCGCAGGCUGCAAGAUGCAUUGCCGCUCGAGUCCCCAUUAGGAUCCGAUGCCAAGGUGGAAAGUGGGGCUCCCAGGAAGGAGUCUGAUACGAAACCCAGUGGACAUCAAGAGCUAACCAAAAACUCCUCUGAUGCAACUGAAGCACCCCGGUCUCGAUCUUAUUUUCAGAAGCAUGAUGAGCGUGGUGGUGCCGGGCAAGCUGUUCGAAGCUCUGGUCGUGGUUCAACUUCUGAACAUGGACGCCGGAGGGAUUCAAAGGAUCACCAUGAUGAUAAGACAGUGAGCAAAACAACUAAUGAUUCACGGCUAAGAAAUGAGAAACCUAAUGGUGAUGAAAACAGGACCUGGCGUCAUGAUCGUUACUCAGAAAUGGAGGCUGAUCUACCAGCUGCAAGGAAAAGACCCGCUUUCAGGGAGAAGAAAGUUCCACUGGAGUCUGAAAAUACUGAAAAAACAGCAGUAGAGACUGCAAAGUCAAGCCAUCCUGACCGUUCGAUGGAAGGAAGUAGAAAGAAGGAGGAAAGAGGUGACAACCGACGCCACUUUGAUAGAUCUGAGAAGCAAUUUGGAGGAGACAGGGCGCGUUACAAGGGAGAAGCGCAGAGAGGUGCCUUUCCUUCAAGAGAAAGGUACACCAAUGGUGGUGCUGGCCGCAACUAUAGAGGAAGAGAUAGAUUUGGUGAGAGGCAGGGGUAUCAUUCUACUGGUGGUCGUGUUGAGAAAUGGGGACAUGAUUUAUAUCAUGAGGCUAAUAGGAGUCCAACACCAAAAAAUGAAGAGGAUCAAAUUGCGAAGGUAGAAGCACUUUUGGCUUCAUAGGGUUGCAAAUGCGUGCAGAUGCACUAGGUAGAAACACUUUUGGCUUCCCAGAAACUGAGAACAGUUUUCUAUCGUGUCUUUGGGUGUCUCUUGGAUUCAUAACAAAUGCAAAUUACUUUUGAUGUGAGGUUUUCUAACUACUAUGUUUUAUAAGUUGAACCUUCAAUUUUUUUUCAA